AUGAGCGACAUGGAAUCGUUUUUGAGUUCGUGUACUGACGCCUCAUCUAGCGAGGACGAAGACUCUUCAGGUGAUGACGAUCCGUUCAACGAAAAGUCUACAAAUGAUCCUUUGCUGUCAGAGAUGCCCAAGACGUUUGUGACCUCGAGCCCGAAGAUGACAUCUUUGCGAUCGGAUCCUAAAGAUGACGAAAAUGAAGGUCUUUUUGGUGGCAAUCUUUCGCCGAUACGGGGUGAGCGAAGCGCUUCCGACUCAUUUUCAACUAAAGUCCAAGACCCUCGCUCUGCGAAUAAUUCCCAAGCUUGUGAUGAUAAGGCUACAAAUUUAAUCGACUCCAAGACGACAUUGGCGAAAGAUGACAUCGGCUUGAUGGAUGAGGAGGGUGAUUUCGACGACGAUCCUUUCAAUUCCCUUUUUCCGAAUCACAAGAGAAAAUCUUUGGGACGUAGAACGACCUCGAAAAAGGUGCAAUUGCCCCGCAAUUCUUCGACAAAAUCAAAACCUUCCAGUCAAAACAUCAAGGCCCAUAGUGGCGGACGCACUCGUUGCACUGGCUCUCAAUCUGGCCCAAAGCAGACUAAAAACCUUCAAGAUGAUUUUGUCAGAAACAGUCAAGAGCUUUUAUCUACUCCGCAUAAUUCGCCAUCGUCGUCGCCUCAAAUCUCCCGCUCGUCUUCUCGCAGCUCCUCACCGACAACUUCGAAGGCAACAAAACCAACCACGUCGAAAAAAGUAAAACGAAGACCUGAAAAGUGCCAAGAUGAGGCACUGGAGCCUCAAGUGAAGAGAUUGACUAAGCCUUCGAAAAGUGCCGCGAAUAUGUCGCAGGAGAUGACUCUCCAAAUCUAG